AUGGAACUCGCUUCCCCAGAGAAUUCUUUUGAGCCACUUUCGACACUCAAAAACGAAAAACACACGAACCAAGCAGACGCCGGUAUUUCAACAAACAACAGCAGCGGCGCGCAGCUUGACAACUACAAGCACAGCGGCGGUCAAGAGACGGAAUCCGAAACGGGGAUACGUCCAGCAGCUGGAGCAGUAAAGGACGCACACGAAGGCCACGGCCCUGAGGCGACCGAAUUACGUCCAGAGCAGCAUCCCGGAGAAACCGUCGCCUCUUCAGAGCACGUGACGGUGGAGAAGCAGCCGGUGCUUGCGACCUAUAGCGAGUCAAAGAACGACAACGGAAGCGCGGCGCAACGCGGCCCCAGCGACCUGCACUCAAUCCAAUCGCAGGUGCAGCUUCAUUCUGACGCUAUUGCACAGCUUGGAAAGAAGGUUCAGCAAGUCGAGACUUCUGUGUGCAGCAACGACGAAGACCUCAACCAAGUGCUUGGGAACUUAACCUCGGCCACCAAAAGCCUUGCUCACAACCAAAGCGUUCUCGAGAACAAGCUAGAAGACCUUCUCAGAAACCAGGUAAACACAGAUUCCUCGGUAAACAACCUGCUUGAAAAGUUGGAUCAGGUUUCCCAGUUCCUCAACAAGGCCGCGAGAAAUAACACACUUCUUGCCUCGGCGCCUCCGCAACAGAUCCAUAGGGGCCCAGGCAGACCACCAAAAACAAGAAACGGACUUGCUUCCGCUGCAGCCGCCCUGUCAAUGACUAGUAAAGACACUCUGCCGGAUAGCAGCGUUGGAAUUCCACGCAGCAAGCGUAUUUUCCAGGACUCUGAUUCGGCCACGUCCAAUGAGGAGUCAGGAACCACGGCGGUCAACAGAACGGCUACCAGGAGCAUGCCUUCGUCCGCACCUGACCAGGAGCUACCACCUGUCAAGAAGAGAGGCCCAGGUAGACCUCCAAAGAGGAGAAACCACUGGGCAGAGAAGAAGCGAGAAGCCUUGGCACAAAGUGCUUCCCAGGCGGGAGCUGGAUACCAGGGCGACGAGCAACCCCAGCCUUUAGGCAAGGAUAACGGAGAGAGUAACCCCGGGGGGGAUGGCGAAACUGAGUUUUCCACCUUCGAGGAGCCAAAGGUGGAGGAGGAAAGCUUGCCAGCGACGCCCUCAGAUGACGGUAUGCAGGCAGGCCCCUCUUCUACGCGGGCAGACGAACUGUACGGCGAGCAGAAAACUCACCGUGGUAGAGGACGCCCCAGUACCAAGUCUUCGGACAAACCUCCCCCAUUGACGCAGGCUCAAAUCAAGAGACAGCAAGAACUGGAACGUAGACGCGAUGCGCGCGAGCAAAUGCUUGUCUCGAUGAAGUACAGCGAUCGAAACAAAGCCAAGCUGUUUAUGGAGUCUAACAAAGAGCUGCUUAGGGCCAUGCGGGAAGAGGAGCGCAAGAAAAGAAUGACCGCGUUCAGCUAUGAUUCUGCAGGGCCCGCCUCGAACGCGAUGGUUGGCAACACACCAUCGCCCAAACCGCCUUCCUCUAGCGAAAGCAGACAGCAUCCUGCCUUCUUGCCCGUUUCCCAAGAUAGUUCGGCUCAAUCAGAGCACGAUGUUGUAAUGAGGGAGGAGUUCCGUGGAAACAGUUCCGAGAAUUUCCUUGAAUCCCGUCCUUCUUCCCAUGAAGACGGUCGUGAGGGAACGCCCCACUCUGAGGCAACUAAUGAACCAACUGAGGAGCCUAUGCUGGCCUCUAUAGCAGUUUCUUCAAGCUUUAAUACGCCAGACCCAGGUGUUGUGCCCAGAAAAGUUGGGAUUUUGUCGAUGCUCAAUGAGGACGUUGACGACUCCGGGUCAUCGAACAAGCGCCAGCUGCCUGAUAUCUACAAAGGUGGAUUCGAUCCUGAAUUUCCAAAUAAAAGGGAGAAGCUGGAUGAUGAGGAGAAGCGCGACUUCCGUUCGAUGAUCCCGAUGCUUCCGGAGAAGAAGGACAACAGGGGCCGUCCUGCCAACAGCAGCAGCAGCGGUGAUAAUUCCACAGCAUUAUUAUUAGCAUCCCCUGUUGAGCUUAUCUGCAGAAACGGUUAUUUCUACCGCAAAUCUGACCGCGAGGUGCCUAUUACAACAGGAACUUACUUGGAAUUUAAAUUUAAAUCUAAGGAGGAUGAUCUUAUACGCCUAACUAUGAGUCAAGAGGACUACGCUGAGCUUACAAAACAAGACAGAAUCAACGCUUACUUCCUGAAGCCUGAAAUCAAAGAGGAAACUGAGUUUGCGUCUGCAAUUUUGAGCAAAAUCGUUCUUACUGAGAAAUAUGUCAACAGUCUCGAGUAUUUCCUCAUGGAGUUUCGGUGGGAGAACAGACUUGUCGGGCUAGGCCUUAAGCUCAGAGAGUCUAAAAGGACAUGGCAAAGGCGUAAAGCGUUGUUUGCACUCUUCGAAUUCUGGAGGGACAAAUCAAGAGAAAAAAGAGGGUUUCCGGAGUUUACUAUGAUGCACGCCGUGAAGGAGAUGGAGAACUACAGAAUAUUCAUUAAUCGCUCUGUGUCGUGGUUUUAUAAUCACAUCACCCUUCUGAAAAUGGUACUAUUUGAGCUCUGUGAUAACAUCGAUACUCAGUGGAGGGAAUGGAUGUUUCCAAGAGGGCAGCCUCUGCCUGUUCUUGGGGGUUCUAUAACUGAGGACAAUUUUAAUGAAGCCAUUGAUGAAGUGUUGGCCUUGGAUUUCUUGGAAGACGGAACCGAGAAUCGUGACAUCAGGGCGAGCUCCAUGCCCAAUCUACCCUCUGAUUCAGCAACCGAAAAUUGA